AGGAGGAGGAGGAGCCGCCGAGCAGCCUCCGGAGGACCACUUCUCGCCCCGGCUGCGGAAGACCCACCGGCUCCACGCCUGCCGCCCGGCACCCCCGACCGCCAGCAUGAUCGCCGCGCAGCUGCUGGCCUAUUACUUCACCGAGCUGAAGGAUGACCAAGUUAAAAAGAUUGACAAGUAUCUCUAUGCCAUGCGGCUCUCUGAUGAAACCCUGAUGGACAUCAUGAGUCGCUUCAAGCAGGAGAUGAAGAGUGGCCUCUCCCGGGAUUUUAAUCCAACAGCCACAGUCAAGAUGUUGCCAACAUUUGUAAGAUCCAUUCCCGAUGGUUCUGAAAAGGGAGAUUUCAUUGCCCUGGAUCUUGGUGGGUCUUCCUUUCGAAUUCUGCGGGUGCAAGUGAAUCAUGAGAAAAACCAGAAUGUUCACAUGGAGUCCGAGGUUUAUGACACUCCAGAGAACAUCAUGCACGGCAGUGGAAGCCAGCUUUUUGAUCACGUCGCCGAGUGCCUGGGAGACUUCAUGGAGAAAAGGAACAUCAAGGACAAGAACUUACCUGUGGGAUUCACAUUUUCUUUCCCUUGCCGGCAGUCCAAAAUAGACGAGGGCAUCCUAAUCACCUGGACAAAGCGAUUUAAAGCCAGCGGUGUGGAAGGAGCAGAUGUGGUCAAGCUACUUCACAAAGCCAUCAAAAAGAGAGGGGACUAUGAUGCCAACAUCGUAGCUAUGGUGAACGACACGGUGGGGACCAUGAUGACCUGUGGCUAUGAUGACCAGCAGUGCGAAGUUGGCCUGAUCAUUGGCACUGGCACCAACGCGUGCUACAUGGAGGAACUGAGGCACAUCGACCUGGUGGAAGGCGACGAGGGGAGGAUGUGCAUCAACACGGAGUGGGGGGCCUUCGGAGACGACGGGUCCCUGGAGGACAUCCGCACCGAGUUCGACAGGGAGAUAGACCGGGGCUCCCUCAACCCCGGAAAACAGCUGUUUGAGAAGAUGGUCAGUGGCAUGUACAUGGGCGAGCUGGUUCGGCUGAUCCUGGUCAAGAUGGCCAAGGAGGGCCUCUUAUUUGAAGGGCGGAUCACCCCAGAGCUGCUCACCAGAGGGAAGUUUAACACGAAUGAUGUGUCAGCCAUCGAGAAGAACAAAGAAGGCCUCCACAACGCCAAGGAAAUCCUGACCCGCCUGGGAGUGGAGCCGUCCGAUGAGGACUGUGUCUCGGUCCAGCACGUGUGCACCAUCGUCUCCUUUCGCUCAGCCAACCUGGUGGCUGCCACGCUGGGCGCCGUCCUGAACCGGCUGCGCGAUAACAAGGGCACGCCCAGGCUGCGGACCACGGUUGGUGUCGACGGGUCUCUUUACAAGACGCACCCACAGUAUUCUCGGCGUUUCCACAAGACGCUGAGGCGCCUGGUGCCCGACUCCGACGUGCGCUUCCUUCUCUCGGAGAGUGGCAGCGGCAAGGGGGCCGCCAUGGUGACGGCCGUGGCCUACCGCCUGGCGGAGCAGCACCGGCAGAUAGAGGAGACCCUGGCCCACUUCCGCCUCACCAAGGAGAUGCUGCUGGAGGUGAAGAGGAGGAUGCGGGUGGAGAUGGAGAUGGGGCUGAGGAAGCAGACGCACGACAAGGCCGUGGUCAAGAUGCUGCCCUCCUUUGUGCGGAGCACUCCGGAUGGGACCGAGCAUGGUGACUUCUUGGCCCUGGAUCUUGGAGGAACGAAUUUCCGCGUCCUGCUGGUGAAAAUCCGUAGUGGGAAAAAGAGAACGGUGGAAAUGCACAACAAGAUCUAUGCCAUUCCCGUCGAAAUCAUGCAGGGCACUGGGGAAGAGCUGUUUGACCACAUCGUCUCCUGCAUCUCUGACUUCUUGGACUACAUGGGGAUCAAAGGCCCCAGGAUGCCUCUGGGCUUCACGUUCUCAUUUCCCGUCCAGCAGAAGAGUCUGGAUGCGGGAAUCUUGAUCACCUGGACAAAGGGUUUUAAGGCCUCUGACUGCGUGGGGCAUGACGUGGCCACCUUACUAAGGGAUGCAGUAAAAAGGAGAGAGGAAUUUGACCUGGACGUGGUGGCUGUGGUCAACGACACAGUGGGCACUAUGAUGACCUGCGCUUACGAGGAGCCCACCUGCGAGGUUGGACUCAUUGUAGGGACUGGCAGCAAUGCCUGCUACAUGGAAGAAAUGAAGAACGUUGAGAUGGUGGAGGGGACCGAAGGGCGAAUGUGUAUCAACAUGGAAUGGGGUGCCUUUGGGGACAACGGGAGUCUGGAUGACAUCAGAACACACUAUGACAAAUUGGUGGAUGAGUUUUCUCUGAACGCUGGGAAACAAAGGUAUGAGAAGAUGAUCAGUGGUAUGUACCUGGGCGAAAUCGUCCGCAACAUCUUGAUUGACUUCACCAAGAAGGGAUUCCUCUUCCGGGGGCAGAUCUCUGAGCCGCUGAAGACCCGGGGCAUCUUUGAGACCAAGUUUCUGUCUCAGAUCGAGAGCGACCGAUUAGCCCUGCUCCAGGUCCGGGCCAUCCUCCAGCAGCUGGGUCUGAACAGCACCUGCGACGACAGUAUCCUCGUCAAGACGGUGUGCGGGGUGGUGUCCAGGAGGGCGGCGCAGCUGUGUGGCGCAGGCAUGGCUGCCGUGGUGGAUAAGAUCCGCGAGAACAGAGGGCUGGACCGUCUGAACGUGACCGUGGGAGUGGACGGGACGCUCUACAAGCUUCAUCCGCACUUCUCCAGAAUCAUGUACCAAACGGUGAAGGAACUGUCGCCAAAGUGUAACGUGUCCUUCCUCCUGUCCGAGGACGGCAGCGGCAAGGGGGCCGCCCUCAUCACGGCUGUGGGUGUGCGGUUACGCGGAGAAACGAGCAGCUAAGGGCCCAGGACCCCCGGCCUGCUGUCCCUACAGCACUUCUCUCUUUGAGCGGCGACCCCUGCCCCUCCCAGCGAGCCGUGCUGGGAGACGCCGGCGCCCGAGCCCGCCACGGCCGCAGCGGGGAGGAAAACAAAAUCCAACUAAUGGCGCAUAAUGUAGGGUACAAAAUAGAGUGUGUGCUGUUGAUAAUAUCUCUCACCCGGGUCCCUCCUCACCUGCCCCGCCACUCUGCAUGAUUCGAUUUCGACCCGGUCCCCGCGUGUGGCGUGUCGUGGCAUCCAUUUCUGCCGUAUGCAUUCACCCAGUGGAGUUAUUUAUUGGCUUGAGAUGGAAAGUCACACCACCUGACAGGCCUCCCGGGCCUCCGAAGCCCGUCCUUGGGGUCAGCUCCCCCCUCCCGUGUGACAUGUAUUAUCACCAGCAGACACUGCCGGGACCCCUCCCAGGGGCAUGGCCUGAAGGCGAGUGUGGACAUAGCAUUAGCUGCUUCCUCCCGUCCCAGCGCCCACCGCGGCCUGGCGUCCCACUGGGAUGUGUCAACGCCACCGAGUCGUGUGUCCGUGGAACCAGUCCUAGCCACGUGUGACAGUCUUGCAUUCUGUUUGUCUCGUGGGGGGAGGUGGGCAGUCCCGAGGGAAAAUGUCUUGUCUCCAUUUGGGUAAAAGGAACCAACCAACAACCUUUGCCAUCACCGGAAGUUCCCAUCGCUUUUGUGAGCCAUGUUGUAUGACCUAGUAAACUUUGUACCAAUUCAAA